UGUUUCUCUCUCUCUCUCUCUGUAUCUAUCCGUGCUCUGAAGUGAAGAAGUGAAGAUCUCAGUCAUGGCCUGUUCUACCACCUCAGGUACCUGCUCAUCCACCUGGCACGCCUCGCUCUGUCCCCCUGGUGAAGAUGGGCUGGGGUAGAGGAGCUCUGUAGCUCUGUGACCGAGAGGAAACCAGACGAAGGCCCUGGAGAACACCAGAACACGAAUCAGGAGAUGAGGGAUCAGAAGCCGGAUGUAGAGGAGCUGCUGAGACAGUCUCAAACUGAGCUGCUCUGGAUCCAAAGACAGCUGUCAAUGAUCGCGGCGAGGAACGCCAGUCAUGCUCGCGCCAGAGAAAAGCUGAAGCAGGACGUUCUCCCCCUGAAGCUCUCCACGCAUUCGGCUCACAAUGUGAACCGUUUCCGGCUGCUGGAGGAGAAGAACCGAGCUCUGAAGAUAGAGGUGGCUGCUCUACGGCAGCAGAAGCAGCAGCACUACAGAUCUCUGGAGACAGAGGUGACCGAGAGGAGGAAGAGGUGUCAGCUCCUCGAGAGAGAGGCGAAGAACCAGAUCUUAGCAUGCCAGACUUUGAAGAGUGAGCUACAGGAUGCCGUACAGGAGAGGAACCGCCUCAACCUCCAGCUGUUCAGCCACAGCCUGAAGGCCGCGCACUAUGAGCAGGUGAAGACGGACUAUGAUCAGCUCAGAGAGACGUUUGGUUGUGUAAGCCAGGAGAGAGACUUGGCCCGGCAGGAGAAGGCUGAGCUCCAGGGCAAACUGGAAAACCUUGAGGAGGUUUUAAAGCGUAUGCGAAAGGCUGCAGAGCAAAAGCAGCAGCUGGAGGCGGAGCAUGAGCAGGCCCUGGCUAUCCUCAACUCCAAACAGCAGGAGAUCCAACUGCUGCAAAAGGCUCAAGUCCAGGCUAAUAAAGAGCAUGAAGGAACGGUUCAUCUGCUAGAGAAGCAUAUGGACAGAAUGCAGGUCAAAUUUCACAGUUUGGAGCAGAAGUGGAGGUCUCAGAGUGAGAAGUGCAGUAUUUUAUCUAAAGAACUGGAGAAACUUCACCUGGAAUCAGACGCUGUGAAAUUCACACCUCCUGAUCUCCAGCCCUCGCCUCAGAAAACACUCUGUAACAUCCUGAACCACUUGCACAGCCACGCUGGGAAAGGUGAUGAGAGAUCUUCAGGCUCUCCGCUAAUCUCUGAGCUCCUCCAGCCACUGCAGGUCAGCAGAGACAGGACCGAGACGCUGGUCACCAAACCCCUCGUUCACAACCAGAACCUCACCAGGAGCCUCCUGCUCACCUGCCCCUCAGAGAUGGAUGAUGAGGUGAGUCCAGCUCCCAGGUCCAAGGCUCGAUACACAGGACAGGUGCGGCUCUGCACCGCCCGCUACAGUUAUAAUCCCUACGAUGGCCCCAACGAGCACCCGGAGGCUGAGCUCCCGCUGGUUGCUGGGAAAUAUAUCUAUGUAUAUGGGGAUAUGGAUGAUGAUGGCUUCUAUGAAGGGGAGCUGCUGGACGGCCAGCGCGGAUUGGUGCCCUCCAACUUCGUGGAGUUCGUCCAGGACAAGGAGAAGCCGUCGGUGGACGGUACGGAGGAGCUGGGUCAGCUGGAGCACGGCUGCCUGAGUCUGACCGCUAUAGACGGAGGCUUUUCUCUGGACGCUCUGAGCUCAGACCCGCUCGGACCCUGCAGCAACGGAACCGGGGUUCUGGACGGGGAGGAACCGAGCGACGACAUCGUGCCUUACCCGAGGAAGAUCAACCUGAUCAAGCAGCUGGCCAGGAGCGUCAUCGUGGCCUGGGAGACGCCUCUGAUCCCCAUGGGCUGGGGGAACAUCAACGGGUACAACGUUCUGGUGGACGGCGAGGUGCGCUCCACCGUUCCCUUCGGGGGCAGGACCAAACUGCUGCUGGAGAAGCUGGACCUGGCCGCCUGCACGUACCGCGUGUCAGUGCAGUGCGUGACGGAGCGCGGCCUGUCGGACGAGCUGCGCUGCACCCUGCUGGUGGGCAGGAACGUGACGGUGGCGCCGACCGGGCUCCGUCUGGACGACAUCCUGCGAGACUCUGCGGAUCUCUCCUGGCUCCCGAGCAACAGCAACUACUCCCACACUGUGUUCUUAGACGGCGUGGAGCACGCGGUGGUGAAGCCGUGCUGCUACAGACUGCGCUUCACCAACCUGAAGGCCACCACCGUCUACAAGGUGAAGGUGGUGGCCAAACCUCACCAGGUACCCUGGCACAUGCCGCUGGAGCAGCGGGAGAAGAAGGAGGCUGGGGUGGAGUUCUGCACCCAGGCUGCAGGACCCCCUCUACCCCCCCACGAGGUCCAGGUCCAGUGUGGUCAGGCCCCAGGGAUCCUCCAGGUCCGCUGGAAGCCCCCACCGUUAACCCCCCUGGGGACUUCCAAUGGUGCCAACGUCAUCGGCUACGCAGUGUGCACCAAGGGCCAGAGGAUCGCUGAGGUGUUGUACCCGUUGGCGGACUUUACCACAGUGGAGCUGAACCGGCUGCACUGUCUGGAGGCUCGUGAGGUGGUGGUCAGGACUUUAUCAGCACAAGGGGAAUCGCAGGACUCCCACGUCGCCGCCAUUCCGAACAACCUGCUCGUGCCUCUUUCCCAAGGCCACCCUCCCCCCCACCUCAUCCAGCAGCCGCCUCUACCACACCAACCACCUCAGGCCCUGCCGCCGCCCCAGCGCUCCGUCCUGCCCCUGCCACCCUCCAUCCAGCCCCUCCCCCCUCAACCCCACGCCCACCUCCAACCGCUGCCCAUCCAUCCCAACCAGCCAACCACUCAUCUCCAGCCUCAUCCCAUUCCCCAUCCCACCCAACCAUCACCUCCACACCUCCAACCCCUACCCCCUCACCCGUUCCCCCAGCCCCAGCCCACCAUCCCCAUCCCCCAGCCCACCAUCCCCAUGCCCCAGCCCCACAUCCCCCAGCUGGCCCUCCCCCAGCCCCAGAGACCACUAAGUGCCAGAGAGCUGGAAACCAAAGAGCCGGGGCCGGGCAUGCUCCACCCCGCCGCCGGUGGUCCACCUCAGCCAUGGGAGCCGGUGUGCUCCCCGUCCGGCCUGCCGCCGGCCCUGCCUCACGGACACACCCUGGAAGCUCCGCCCUGCCCCAACCGCCGCUCGCCGUCACCUCAGAGGAUCCUCCCCCAGCCCAGGGGCACGCUCAUCCCCGACAACAUGGCCAAGGCCAUCGCCCGCGAGGCCGCCCAGCGAGUGGCAGCCGAGAGUGGACGGAUGGAGAGGAGAAGUCAGGGCUUUCACUCUCAGAACUCAGAUGAGGAGGAGGAUGAGGAAAGCUAUCAGUCUCGCAGAAGAGGAGCAUCUGUGGAUGACUUCCUCAGGGGCUCAGAGCUGGGCAGGCAGGCCCACUACAGCCACAGCGAGGAGUACCAGACAGAGAGCAGCCGGGGUUCGGACCUGUCCGACAUCAUGGAGGAAGACGAGGAGGAGCUGUACUCUGAGAUGCAGCUGGAGGAAGGACGGCGGCGCAACUCGCACAAUGCUCACAAGUCGGGAGGAAACGCAUCAUCCGGACGGGCGGAUCGGGACUCGGCCCGGAGGAACGCCCAUGGAGGUCCUCAGCCCCAGCGGAGACCCCUCAUGGUACCCUCUAUCGAUGGUUACAGGGAUCGUGGGCGGCGUUCUCCUCCUUACUAUGAUGAGUCUGAACCUGAAGACCCGUUCCGAAUCUUCGUAGCUCUGUUCGACUACGACCCCCUGUCCAUGUCCCCAAACCCGGACGCAGCCGACGAGGAGCUUCCCUUUAAAGAAGGACAGAUCAUCAAGGUGUACGGGGACAAGGACACGGAUGGGUUUUAUCGGGGGGAGAUCCGCGGACGCGCCGGCCUCAUUCCCUGUAACAUGGUGUCGGAGAUCCGAGCCGAAGACGAGGAGACCAUGGACCAACUGAUGAAGCAGGGCUUCCUCCCACUGAACACCCCUGUGGACAGAAUAGAGCAGAACAGGAAAGGUGGGCGUCACCCCGUGGCUACUAGAAGAAUGGUUGCUCUUUACGAUUACGACCCCAGAGAGAGCUCCCCGAACGUAGAUGUUGAGGCGGAGUUGACAUUCUGUGCUGGUGAUAUCAUCGCUGUGUUUGGAGAGAUAGAUGAGGACGGGUUUUACUAUGGUGAGAUGAACGGACACCGGGGAUUGGUUCCCUCCAAUUUUCUAGAAGAAGUGCCUGACGACGUGGAGGUCUAUCUGACGGACACUCCCACCCACUACGAGCCGGAAGAGCCAGCAGCAGCGCCAGCGCCGCGCCCCGAGGCCAAACGGGUUCCUGUGGAAAACACAGUUCCAGCCCCGGCCCCCGGAAGACCGGCGUCCCCCACUGUGCGUCCCCUGCUCCCCGUGGGCCCCAUCAGGCCCCUGAGUCCUGCCAGGGGCCCCCGAGACCUGGCCUCCAAAAAGAAAAAAGGACUGCUCUCCAAAGGGAAGAAAUUACUCAAAAAGUUCUCAAAGUAAACGUUGUUUUCUGAUCCAGAUCCAGAUCCAGACCCCUGAUCCCGAUCAGGAUUCUGAUCCAACUGUAGAACUUCAACUCAACUCCACACAGACGCACAGAAACACACCAAGCUUAAGUGAAAGGGCGAUAUCUACCGGGCUCAACUCAACACUUCAGCUUUAAAUCUGUUAAUCAAUCAAUUAAAUCUACAGCAGUAUUCAUACAUGCAUAAUAUAUAUAUAUAUAUAUAUAUAUAUAUAUAUAUAUAUAUAACACCUACACCAAUCCAGCAUAACAUUACGAUUCUCGUUAGGACGCCGGGUGGUCAAGCUAAGGUUUAAAGAUCUGCCAGUAUGAUCGACUAUGUUUGGGACAUUGCUGAUUAUGUGGAAUGUUGUUUAUUAAUUUAUCUAUUUAACUGUUUAGUAAUAUAGGGCUAAUUUGCAUUAAUUGAAUAAACACAAUUCAUAUUAGAAUGAAACUGGUGGAUAACUGGUGAAAAUGCGCCAAAGGGAAGGAAUUACUCAAAAAGUUCUCAAAGAAAAACGUCAUGUUCUGAUCCAACUGUAGAGCCCAAGCAGUUAGAACUACAUUUCCCUCAAAAUGCUACGACUUUAUUCUCACAGUACAAUGACUUUAAUCUUGUAAUAUUACAGCUUUGUUCUCGUAAUAUUAUGACUUCAUUCUCAUAAUAGUACGACUUUCAUUUUGUAAUAUGUCAACUCUCAUAUUUUCGUAAUAUUACGACUUUAAUCGUGUAACAUUACAUCUUCAUUCUCGCAAUAUUACAACUUUUUACUUGUUAUACUGCGACUUUAAUAUUGUAAUAUUAUAACUUAUUGUAAUAUUAUAUCUUUAUUCUCUCAAUAUUAUGACUUUAAUCUCAUAACAUUACAACUUAACUCUCGUAAUAUUACAACUUUAUUCUUGUAAUAUUACGACUUAAACUUGUAAUAUUACAUCUUUAUUCUCUCAAUAUUAUGACUUUAAUCUCAUAACAUUACAACUUUACUCUUGCAAUAUUACAACUUUAAUCUUGUAAUAUUAUGACUUAAAUCUUGUAAUAUUACAUCUUUAUACUCGUUAUAUUACGACUUUAAUCUUGCAAUAUUAUGACUUUAUUUUCGAAGUGAACUGUUUUUAUUUUUUUUAUAAGUGGCCCAAAAUUGCCCCUCAGGGAUCAAUAAAGUAUCUUCUAUCUAUCUAAAACGUUGUCGUAUCUAUAUGACGAGUGGAUCUGAAAAAAAUAAUAGUAGAAACAAGGAGGUGGUCAUAAUGUUAUGCUGGAUCGGUUAGAAUCAAUUAGAAUUCACACUAUUUCAGGUGAUUGUUGUGUUGAUGUGCUAAAAUAACCUUCAAAUUCAUUCAGAUGAAUUAUCGUUAAAGUUCUUGGAGCGAGGGUAACUGGACUGAGUGUUAUUGGGUAUCAGUAGAUGGUUGAUUAUUGAUACGGGAAAUGGAAGCAAUGUAUGAGACUGUAUUUGAACAAGAUCAAGUUUAGUCCAAAAAAAAAACACAC